GGGGUGUUGAAGUAUGCACUGGCACGGGUAAUUUUUUUCAAGUGAAAACAAAGGGAAAUUUUUUGAGCGAUUAGAGUUUAAAGAAAUUAUUUAACAUUAAAUAUCUCAUCAAAAUAAGCAGUUACAUUAUUCGUAUAUUGUGAUUAUUUUAAAUGAUUAUCAUAAAUUAUUUAUCAGAUCUCUGUCAAUAAUUUCAAACAAAGAAGCAUAAAAAAAUUGAGUAAAAUGGAAUGCGAAGAUAAGUCAAUGGAACGACAGAAAUUAGUUGAUGGCGGUCCUGACGAAGAGGAUGAACUCACGUUGCCAACAAGUCUUGGUACCACAGCACAAUCAAAAACUCCAAUAUCACCACCAAAUGUUUAUUCUGCUACUGGCAGUGAUUCUCAACAAUCUCAAUCAUUGGGAAAAGUUAGCAGUGAAGCUAAACUAAGCUAUCUGAAUGAAAGAAAGUCGAUUGAACUGGAGAAUGCUAGGAAAACAAGCGUUGAAAGAAAGAAAAAGAUUUUGAAAGAGAAAUCAGAUCCUGAAUCUGAGCUGUCACCAGAAUGUAGCAAUAAUUUGAUUGAUUUAAAGCGUGAUGAGCCGCGCAUGACGACUGUAACUGUUGAGACACACGACAAACUCAAUUCACUUCCAUCUCAAAAGUCACACAUUUCCCUUCCACUCCCAAGCACUUCCAGUUAUCCUUUGCUUAUAAAAAGUCCAUCCAAAAGUCAUAUCACGAGUAGUUUGCAGAGUUUUUCAACACGAAGUAUAAAACAUCAUUCUUUCGAUUCAGAUUUAGAUGUUAAAUACAUGGAGAAGAAUUUGAUUUCCUUGCUCGACGAUUUUCACAAUGGAAAGCUGAAAGCUUUUUCCGGUAGUUCAAUGAAUCAAAUGAAAAAUAUUCGUGAUCAACAAGAACGGUUAUCAAAGCUUCACUUUGAUCUUGGAAUGAGUACAACGUCUUCAAAUGACAGCAAAAACGACCAAAUGGCUCAGCUUGUAGCAAAAUUAAAUGAAAUUUCCCAUUCAAUUGAGAAACUUAAUUCAUCUAACUCUGAAACUUGAAAUUUUUUAAAAUAAUAAAUAAAAAAGUCAUAAUUUUCCAAAUGUUUCUUUUUCUC